UGUAAUAGUUUCCGAAAUUGACCAUAUCUUUUUCAAAUUUUUAUUCACAGAUUUGUCAUAAAUUUAAAAUCUUUGAAACUUUGAUCAAUUAUAAUUGUAUUAUUUUACAUUACAACAUGGAAGAACUCGUGGCACCUAUUAUCGAUAUAAAAUUCGAUAUUGAAAGAGAUCUUGAUGAACAAAUUGGAGCAUUACCGUUACCAUUUCCAGGUAUGGAUAAAUCUGGUUCUGCUACCUGUGUGUUUCAUAUUCGUGGUAUCUGUCAACGUGGAUCAAUGUGUCCAUAUCGACAUAUCAAACCGGAUCGUACAGUUGUUUGUAAACAUUGGCUUCGUGGUUUAUGCAAAAAAGGUGAUUCCUGUGAAUUUUUACAUGAAUAUAACAUGUCCAAGAUGCCUGAAUGUUAUUUCUAUUCAAAAUUUCGUGCCUGCAGUAAUAAAGAAUGUCCAUUUUUGCAUAUUGAUCCGGAAACAAAAAUUAAAGAUUGCCCAUGGUAUGAUCGUGGAUUUUGUCGACAUGGUCCCAAUUGUCGUCAUCGUCAUACACGUCGUGUUGCAUGUUUGAAUUAUCUUUGUGGAUUUUGUCCGGAUGGUCCUGGCUGUAAAUUUAUUCAUAUGCGUUUCGAUAUACCAAUUCCAGCCAAUUCAACUGAUCCAUCGGCACCAAAAAAACCUGGUGUUGUUUGUCAUUAUUGUAAUGAAGUUGGUCAUAAGAUUUAUACCUGUAAUCAGAUUCCACCUGAACAACGGGAUGAACUUAUUCAACGAUUUAGCGAACAGUACAAUUUUCACUAUGUUAGUCCUGAGAAUCGUUACUAUCCAAAUCAUCAUCAUCCUAAUCAUCAUCAACAACAACAACAGCAGCAACAACAACAACAACAGCAACAAAAUUCAAAUAAUUCUGAUGAUCAAGCAAAUCAGCCGAAAACUAAGCCAUCAUAUAGACCAAUAGAUCAGGUUACCUGUUUCAAAUGUGGUGAAAAAGGACAUUAUGCAAAUAAAUGUCCAAAAGGCUAUCUUGCAUUCCUAAGUCCGGCCCUAAAAGAUUUACAUCAAAAACGUAAUCAACAAUCAUCAAAUAAUGCUAUUAUGGAUCAAUCAGAAUCCUAAUCGAAAAUGAAAUGGACGUUCGAAAUCUAUCCUAGAUGUUGAGAAACGAUUUCGACAUAAAUAAGUAGCGACCACUUGUGCGACUGAAUCAGGAUCAUCUUCCUGU